AUGAGCAAAGACAGAACUUCCUUAUUCUGUAGGUUGAAUGAUUACAAGCCCUUAAAGAACGCAUCAGGAAGCAUCAAGGAUGAAAAAGAUUCUCAGAACUUGAUGUUAGAAAAAACCAAAGAAGAGGAGUCUUUAAGAAAUUCCAGCUUGAUUUUAGGAGCAAGAAAAAUGCCAGGGCCAAUGGAGCAAUAUGAUAAACUGGAUAUGUCAGCUAUGAUCACAUUGGGGUCAGCUUUGGACAGAGAGCAAAUUUCCAGAAAGAUCCUUCCAGAGGUUGUGCCAGUCACUCUAAACCGUAAAAUGAAAGCCAGAGAGAAGUACCAAUCUGACCUGUGGUUAGAAAUUGAACACCCGAAUAAAGGUUUAGGGCUACAAGACCCAAGUUCAUCUUCCUUGGCACUUUUUAAUACAACUUCUAAUGCCAUGGCUCAGUGUGAAGGCGAUCCAGUUGACAAUAUAUUUGAACAGAAUCUAAAGAUCAAGUUUUACAUCAGUUCUGGGUCCACAUCUCCAUCUUCGUAUAGUGGAGACGAAGCAGACACAGUGAAGAUCACAGAUUCUGCUCACCUUCCAGUUCACACACCAACAAUAAAGAGAAAAGAAUGUCAUAGUAGAAUCCUCUUUCCAACUAAGCAUAAGGCCCACCGGUUUUUCCUCACAUCCUUUACCGCUCCCACCAAGUGUCACCAGUGCACGUCUCUGAUGGUGGGUUUGAUAAGACAAGGCUGCACCUGUGAUGCAUGUGGGUUCUCAUGUCACACAGCCUGUGUAGAAAAAGCUCCAAGAGCUUGUCCGGUGCCUUUUUAUCAGAAGGAAGGUGCCUUCUGCCUAGACCCACAGAAAGGCUUGGGAACAGCCUAUGAAGGCCAUGUCUGGAUUCCAAAGAAAGCAGGCAUGAAAAAGGGAUGGCAGAGGGCAUUGGCCAUAGUUUGUGACUUCAAACUCUUCCUAUAUGAUAUGAAUGAAGAAGACUCAAAACCGAAUGUUGUAGUGAGUCAAGUAAUUGACAUGAGAGUCUUGCUUUUCCUGCAGGGAUGGAGCUUUUUCUGUCAGUUCAGUCUGGCCCUCUGA